AUGACUACACAACCACCUCCAAAUACAAAUCCCUCAAGAGUUAUACCUUUGACGUGCUCAGGUCACACACGACCUGUUGUUCACUUACAAUUCUCGCCCAUUACAGAUGGCACAUACUAUUUAAUCAGCGCGUGUAAAGACGGUAAUCCGAUGCUACGAGAUGGUCCAACCGGUGAUUGGAUAGGUACUUUUCAGGGACAUAAAGGCGCCGUCUGGAGUGCAAAACUGAGCAAAGAUGCAUCGAAAGCUGUGACGGCUUCAGCAGAUUUUACAGCCAAGGUGUGGGAUACUUAUACUGGUGAUGUGCUUCAUUCUUUUGUGCAUGGGCAUAUUGUACGUUCUGCCGAUAUGUCCGACGAUGGAACGCGUAUCGUUUCUGGGGGUCAAGAAAAAAAGUUAAGAAUAUACGAUCUGAAUAAACCUGAGGAGCCUGCGUUAGAAGCAGAGGGGCAUGAAUCAACAAUUAAAAGUGUUAUUUGGGACGGCGAGAGGAACGUGGUGCUCAGUGCUGGUGAUGAUAAAGAAAUUCGUGUCUGGGAUAUUCGUAACUUUAGUCAAGUGAAUACAUUUAAAACUGAACAUGCCAUCACUAGUAUGGAGUUAUCGGCUGAUGGCAAAUAUAUCACAUGCACAGCUGGAAAAACAGUAUAUUUUCUGGAUGCAUCAAAUUAUCAACCCUCGAAAACUAUUGCAACGGCUUACGACGUCUCAUCAGUGUCACUGCAUCCUGACCAUAAGCGUUUUGUUGCAGGCGGAAGUAAUGAUUUAUGGGUUCGGAUCUAUGAGUUUGAAAGCGGAAAAGAACUUGAGGUAUACAAGGGACAUCACGGUCCAAUUCAUACAGUUAGCUAUAGCCCCGACGGUGAAAUUUACGCGACUGGUUCAGAGGAUGGUACCAUACGAUUGUGGCAGACUACACCUGGAAAAAGCUACGGGCUUUGGCAGAACAAGGCAUCGAAAGAUGAAAAAGAAAAUGAUGUUAACGGAUUACCAGCCGAAUAA